ACUGUUUAAAAAUUUAAUUCAAAUUUAUUGCUGUUUAUCAUUCAUUAGGAUUUAAUUUGAUCUCAAACUCGAACUUCUGUGAAUAUCAUCGGUACUAAAGAUGAGAACCAAUUCAAAAGAUACCAGUAUUCUUAAAUAUCCAUCAAUUGUGUCCCAAAUCUUGUCAUAUAUGGACGACAACUUUAUGUCCACUGGUUAUCAAAUUUCAAAAUUAUUUGGAGAUUUAUGUAGUCUUGAGAUUAAGAAGCGUCAGCUUAUAGUUCACACACACAUUAUUGACACCAACGGAGCAAAAGAGGGGGAUCUCUCUUAUCUUUUUAACAGUUUUAUUCAAUUGAGUCGAAAGGAAUUGAUGGUAAACCCAAAGGAACUACUGGUUCUGGUAGGCGGUCACCGGAAAGCAGCCGACUAUCGGCAAAAAUCAAACUCAUUAAUCAAAUUGACACAAACAUUGCCUAAAGAUUGUCGCGUUAUAUACCUUCACACCGAUUACCCGAUGAUAUCAAACAGAGGUCACAAUACUGUCCGCAACUAUUCCACUGAAUGGGAAAAUACUACACCAGAUGAAGACAAACUAAAGCUUCCGAGUAUGUGGUGUUUCUUAGUACCGAAAACAGCAAAUGGUAUACAAAUUAACUCUUAUAUAUCAAUACUGGAAGUGCCGACUGAUGGCGUCAAAGCCGUAAUAUAUGUUGUCUCCAAUAAAAUACUUAACAAACGUUCGGUAUCUUCUCAACUAAAACACCAACUAAUAGAAGAAGUGAGACAAUUGUGGGUCCGUUUGGGUAACAAUGUGGCCAUUGCUGGAGGUGUCGUCAUUGCAGCCAAACAAUGGACAACCGGAACAAAUGGACGAUCGGCUGAAGCACUUAGCAAAGGAGGUAUUAACGAAACCCACGUCUGCGACAAACUCAUCAUUACAUUGAGUGGACAACGGGUGCGGACGGCAUCUGUGAUACUUAAUGGUCGUUGUCCGAUACUGGCCAUUGAAUUAAAAGACUUCAAAUCCGCCCUCGGCUUUGAUGUCGACAAUACCAAAGAUGGGACCACUUUUGCCAUUUUCUUUUGCUGCAAAUAUUUGGCAAACAAACGAUUUUUCGAUAUUUAUAAACUAAUCUUUCCUUUGGUACCACUCUAUGCCUUCAAAACCAGUCGUCUUCAGUUUGGUAAACAAUUUCUAGCAAAUCCUGUGACACAAACACAGACACAACAAAACAGUCGUUUCAAUGAUUAUUUUAAACGCUAUUCAGGAACUUUGCUUUUCAUUAAUAUUACUCAUUAAACACAUCCAUCCCUGUCCUCA